GGAGCCAAGGCAGGCGGUGCUGAGCAGCCCCACAGCCGCUGGGACAGAGCCAGGGAAGAGCAGAGCAGGAUGGACCCCACCAUGGAGCUGGCAGAGGACCCCAGGUUCCCCCACUCGUUGGUGGAGAUGCUGAUCAGGAACUUCAGCGUGCCGGCAGCCUGCUUCGCUCUGCCGCCCACCUCCCGGCAGCUGCUGCAGCAGCUGGACGUGACCCAACUCGCCAUCCUGGGCCUCGCCACCAUCAUGACGCUGCUGUCGGUCGCGAUCUUCGUGGAAGAGGCUUUCUACCUCACCCGCAAGAUCCGCUGCCCCAUCAAGAUGAAGACCCUCCGCUGGAGCAGCUCAGCCCCUACGGUUGUGUCUGUGGUCAGCUGCUUUGGGCUGUGGAUCCCGCGCUCCAUGAUGGUGGUGGAGAUGGCUACCACAGCCUACUUCGCCAUCUGCUUCUACCUCCUGAUGCUGGUCAUGGUGGAGGGCUUUGGGGGGAAGGAGGCAGUGCUCAGCACCCUGAAGGGGGUACCCAUGGUGGUCAGCACUGGGCCCUGCUGCUGCUGCUGCCCCUGCCUGCCCCGCAUCACCAUGAGCAGGAGAAAGCUUCAACUGCUGAUGCUGGGAACUUUCCAGUAUGCCUUCUGCAGGGUGGUUGCCGUCUUCCUGGGGCUGGUCCUGGCCACCGAUGGGAACUACAACCCUGCUGACAUCUCUGCGGAGAGCGUGGCCCUCUGGAUCAACACCGUGGCCGGCGCCUCCACCCUCUUUGGGCUGUGGUCCCUGGGCAUCCUCUUCCGGCAGGCCCGGCUACAUCUGUCUGAGCAGAACAUCAAGGCCAAGUUCUUAUGCUUCCAGGUUCUCCUUGUCCUGACGGCACUGCAGCCUGCCAUCUUCAGCAUCCUGGCCAACAACGGCAACAUCGCCUGCUCACCACCCUUCUCCUCCAAGGCCAGGUCACAGCAGAUGAACGUGCAGCUGUUGAUCCCACAAACCUUCAUCUUGGCAGUGGUGACACGGAUGUACUACCGCAAGCAGGACGACAAGCCCGGCUACCAGCCCGUCAGCUUCGCACCUGCAGUCACCGACACCAAGGAGUGAGCAGGAGGGAGCAACUGGGGUGCUGAGGGGCAGAGUGAGGCGAGGGGCUGGUCUGCCCUGUACAACCAUCUCUUCCUCCUCCAGCCCUGGGGAGCUGCUGGCAGCAGAGGGGGAAAAGAACAUCUUGGCCUGGGGUGAAAAGAUCCAGAACCUGAAAGCCACAAGCCAAAGGGAUCUGUGAAGCUGCCUCCAGCCCAGGGGGCUCUUGUCUGGCACUGAAUAAAUUUGUACCCAAGUCUUGCA